GAAAACAGAGACUGAGUGAGUGACUCAUCUCUCCUUGGCCGUGUGUCUGUCAAGAAAAGAGCUUCUGAACCUCGAGAGUGCAAUUGUUGUGCGUGGAAAAGAAGCUAUUUUAUGUUCACUAUUGUGGACUCCUGCCGAGGUCAAAGUGAGGCCUGUUGUGGGCCUCAAUCCCCAGGACCAACGUUCCCUUAAGUGUGCCUAAGUGCUCCCCACCUGUGACAAUACAUCUCGCGUCUCUGGAUCAUGGUUGAUCGGUUAGUGAAUAGCGAGGCGAAUGCCCGCAGAAUCUCUCUGGUUGAGAGCUGCUUCGGGAGUGCGGGUCAGCCUUUGGCCGUGCCUGGCCGAGUUCUCGUGGGAGAGGGCGUGCUGACCAAAGCUUGCCGCAAGAAGUCCAAGCCCCGACAAUUUUACCUGUUCAACGACAUUCUCAUCUAUGGCAACAUUAUUAUUAACAAGAAGAAGUACAAUAAGCAGCAUAUUAUUCCACUAGAGGAGGUGAAAUUGCAACCCUUGGAGGAUGAAGGCCAAUUUCGAAAUGGGUGGCUCAUUUGCACCAAGAAUAAAUCGUUUGCCGUGUAUGCGGCUACCGGAGCCGAGAAGCAGGAGUGGAUGGCUCACAUCGAAAAAUGUGUCAAAGAUCUUUUAAACAAGAGUGGCAAAAAGCCUCUGAAUGAACACGCUGCGGUUUGGGUGCCCGAUUCUGAGGCGCCCGUUUGCAUGCUUUGCAAGAAAUCCCAAUUCAGUCUGGUGAACAGAAGGCAUCAUUGCCGGAAAUGUGGGGCCGUAGUAUGUGGAGGAUGUUCCAACCGAAAGGCAAUCCUUCCAAGUCAGUCCACUAAGCCACUUCGGGUCUGUGAUACGUGCUUUGAGGAGUUGGAAAAAUCCAGGGAUGGUCCCAACGCCCAGGUCCCUCCCAUUCAAGCUCCGACCAGAACCAAAGUGAUCCGCCCAACGGAAACUCCGCCACGCCCACCCCCUCCUAAACUAUUUGGUCCUGAAGAUGACCCGGAGCGAGUGGUUCCUCUCCCAGAGAUUCCUCAGGGGCACGAUCAGGCGCAAAUUCCUGCAAAGCACCCUAAAAUGUAUGAGCUGGUAGCCAUGAGUGCCCAAGAGACGUCCUUCUGGUGGGAUAGCGUUGAAGAGGACGUUAAUGGCCUCACUGAGGCAGAAAUGGAAGUCAUUACCCAACAAUUUAAAAACUCUGGCUUCAGCCCCUUGUCGAUUCAAGAUGGCGCCAAAUCGGCUGAUUCCUCUAGUGAUGACGAUUCCGAUGAAGAGGUAUCCAAUGGCAAUAUUGAAGAGGGCUCACAAUCGUCAUCUUCUGUUGGCUUGGGCGGAGAUCAGCCUCUACAACCAGAAUGGUGGACCCAUCGAGAGCCAGCUCAGAAGGGUUUAUCUACUCCGUCUCAUCUUGGACCUAUACCCCCGAUGUCUCAACGAACUCCUUAAACUCAAGUUUUAGACCAAUCGUACUUGUUUCUAUGUAUUCAUAUCUAACUAUCCGUCGAGCGUAGGAGAAUGCACCCCCCAGAAAUAAAGCCGAUUAUUUUCCGUGAGCAAGCAUUUGUUCAAGUUUAAAGCUUUUGUCAUUUCAGGUGAAACCCAGUUUUUAUGAUCAGAAACAACCCUGAAAUCUUGAGACGAUCUGUGUUUGGUGAAUGGCGUGCAUCCAAAAGAGAAAAAAUAUUCUGACCCGUUAACAGACGAGCGACUAACACCAAUAAUUGUUAACCCACAACGUCUGGGCCAUUGGAACACACACGCCUGAAUCAUCUCGUCGAUAUUAUGAACUUUGUCUCUUCUUUUUAAUACGAACCUCGUUAUGGUAAUAACCAGUCCCUUUAUAUUUACCAAACGCCUUUUUGUUAGUUUAGAUACGAAGUUCAGAAUGUAUUUUUCACUAUCUUGAAUUGUCUAAAGAUUAAUUUCAUAAUCCAGGAAAUAAAACAACGACGAAAAAGUU